AUGCCUGCCGUCAAGGAGGCCUUUUACGCUCAGCCCGUCGCCGUUUCGCACGCCGUCACCACUGGCGAUGCCGCGACGCCCCGCAAAAUGCCCACGACGCAGCAGCAGCAUCUUGACAUCAUUGACAUUCGCGGCGAGCAGGUCGACUUUAACCUCAAGGAGGAGAUUGCCGGUUGCCUGAACCCCGUCAGCGGCCAUCGCACCCUCCCGACCUUGCUCCUCUACGAUGAAAAGGGUCUGCAGUUGUUUGAGGAUAUUACGUAUCUGGAUGAAUACUACCUCACCAAUUACGAGAUUGAGCUUCUCACGAAACAUGCCGCCGAAAUCGCAAACUUGAUUCCUGCGGGAUCCAUGGUUGUUGAGCUUGGAAGCGGAAUCCUUCUUUCGCACGGCAGAAAUUUGCGCAAAAUCUCCCUUCUUCUCGAUGCCUUUGAAAAGAUUGCCAAGUCAAUUGAUUACUAUGCUCUCGAUCUGUCGGAAGACGAGCUGCGGCGCACUUUGUUGCAGAUCCCCGACUACAAGCACGUCCGCAGCCAUGGGCUCUGGGGCACAUAUGACGACGGCAAGGACUGGUUGAAGCAGUUUGCCAACAGUGAUCGAGACAUUACCAUUAUCCACCUCGGCUCCAGCAUUGGAAACUUCUCGCGUAACGAGGCAGGUUCUUUUCUGCAAGGUUUCGCCCAAGUGAUGAAGCCGACCGACUCUGUCAUCAUUGGCAUUGAUUCGUGCUGUGACCCAAACAAGCCACGCGUACAAUGGCAAGUAGACAUCGAAGCUUUGGCCAGACUGAAACUAACAUUGAAUGCUGCAGAUUCCAAGGGCGUUACACACUCUUUCAUUCUCAAUGGCCUUCGCCAUGCCAAUACUAUCCAUGGCAGCGAGAUCUUUCACCUCGAUGACUGGAAAGUCAUUGGUGAAUUCAUCUAUGACGAGGAUGGCGGCCGCCAUCAGGCUUUUUUGUCGCCUACCAAGGAAGUCACUAUCCUCGGCACAACCAUUAAACAGGCAGAGAGAUUAAAGAUUGAGCAGAGUCUCAAAUAUUCGCAAGUUGGCGGCGAGAAACUAUGGCGCACGGCUGGCCUGAAGGAGGUCAAGCGCUGGCGACGCGGCGACGACUAUGGCCUUCAUCUUCUGCAGAAAACUGAUCUCCCGUUCAGCUCUCUCCCUUCGCAGUAUGCAAGUGUUCUGCCCACACUCAAAGACUGGUCCGCCCUCUGGCAGGCAUGGGACAUUGUCACCAAGGGCAUGCUACCAGGCCAAGAGCUCCAGGAGAAGCCUAUCAAGCUUCGCAACGCCUGUAUCUUUUACCUCGGCCACAUUCCCACCUUUCUCGACAUCCAGCUCUCCAAGGUCACUGGAGAGCCCGCCACGGAGCCGGCAGUGUACCGGUCCAUUUUCGAGCGUGGCAUCGACCCUGACGUGGACAACCCGGAGCACUGCCACGCGCACUCGGAGAUCCCCGAAGAGUGGCCACCUGUGGACGAAAUCGCUGCGUACCAAGGCCGCGUGCGUGCCCGCCUCGAAACGCUCUACAGUAACAGCAACAACGGCGACCCCGACAAGAUGCCCCGCAGCGUCGCGCGCGGCAUCUGGGUGGCCUUUGAGCACGAGAUUAUGCACAUUGAGACACUUCUCUAUAUGAUGCUACAGAGCGACAGGACUCUGCCGCCACCACACACGCCUAUGCCUGAUUUCGCGGCGCUGGGUGCGGCGGCGCGGCGCGCGCGUGUCCCGAAUGCGUGGGUCAAUGUUCCGGAGCAGACGGUUACUCUCGGCAUGAAUGAUCCCGAGGAUGGCACAGAUCCCACGGUCAAUUUUGGCUGGGAUAAUGAGAAGCCAGAGAGAAAGCAAAAGGUCCAUGCCUUCCAGGCCAAGGCUAGAGCCAUCACCAAUGAGGAUUACGCCGACUAUCUUUACAGCACCAAGAACGGCACCCUUCCUGCCUCUUGGUCGACCGUUGCCGAAGCCCACCGCAACAGCCCCAUCCUGAACGGCGCAGGUUCCGAGUACCCGAUGCAGCCGUAUCUCAAGGACAAGGUCGUGCGCACCGUCUAUGGUCUCGUGCCUCUCAAGUACGCUCUGGACUGGCCCGUAGCCGCUUCAUACAACGAGCUGGCUGGCUGCGCGGCCUGGAUGGGUGGCCGCAUCCCAACCAUGGAGGAGGCCAAGAGCAUCUACCACUUUGCGGAGAAGCAAAAGGAGGCGGCCAUGCACAGCAAGCUUUCAAACCGUGUCCCGGCUGUUAAUGGCCACCUGGUCAACAAUGGCGUGGAAGAGACACCACCCGACUCAACGGCGAAACCAGCAGUCAAUGGCAGCGGUGGCAGUUAUGAGACCUCGCUGUACAUUGACCUCGACGGUGCCAACGUCGGCUUCCAGACGUGGCACCCGCAGCCCGUCACGGCCCGCGGCGACACGCUGGCCGGGCAGGCGGGCAUGGGCGGCGUGUGGGAGUGGACGAGCUCGCCGCUCACCCGGCACGCAGGCUUUGAGCCCAUGUCACUGUAUCCGGCGUACACGUCCGACUUCUUCGACGGCAAGCACAAUGUCGUUCUGGGAGGAUCGUGGGCCACGCACCCGCGGAUCGCGGGCCGUCGCAGCUUUGUCAACUGGUACCAGCGCAACUAUCCAUAUGCGUGGGCUGGUGCUCGCCUUGUGCGCGAUGUCGCUUAG